GUCAGCACACCAUGUGGACACAACUUCUGCAAGAACUGCAUCACUGAAUACUGAAAUACUAAUUACCAGUACCUGUGUCCAAUGUGUAAAGAGAUUUUUACCAAUAGACCUGAUUUCAGAGUCAACACUUUCAUCUCCGAGAUGGUCGCUGAGUUCAGGCAGUCAGCUCAACAGAAAUCCAGCAGCAGCAGCUUAGUGUCCAAACCAGGAAAAGUUCCCUGUGACGUCUGCACUGAAACCAAACUGAAGGCCCUGAAGUCCUGCCUGGUGUGUCUGACCUCCUACUGUGAGACUCACCUGGAGCCUCAUCUGACAAAGCCAGGUCUGAAAAGACAUCAGCUGAUCGACCCUGUGGAGAACCUGGAAGACUGGAUAUGUACGAAGCACGAUAAACCUCUGGAGCUGUUCUGUAAGACCGACCAGACAUGUGUCUGCACACUAUGCCCUCUUUUAGACCACAAAACACAUGAAUUUGUUCCUCUGAUAGAAGAAUAUGAAAAAAAAAGGCAGAGCUGGGAAAUACAGAAGCUGAAAUCCAGCAGAUGAUCCAGAAGAGACAACAGAAGAUUCAGGAGAUCAAACAGUCAGUCGACCUCAGUGAGAAAGAUGCAGACAGAGAGAUCACAGAAGGUGUUCAGGUCUUCACGGCUCUGAAGGAGUCUGUUGAGAGAAAACUGAACGAGCUCAUCGACACGAUCAAAGAGAAGCAGAAAUCAACAGAAAAUCAAGCUGACGUUUUCAUCAAAGAGCUGGUACAGGAAAUUUCUGAGCUGAAGAAGAGAAGCUCUGAGGUGGAGCAGCUCUCACGCUCUGAA